UUUGCAUCCCAAUUCACUUUUUAGCUUUUCAAAGUCUUUCAUGCACCCAACAACGUAAUAACACCGCUAGCUCUUCCAAACUCCUCAUCCCUUCUCUUCUGUCUAAGAGAUCAAUAUUUCCUCAUCUGAGCUGAAAAAAAAAAGGAGUUCCAGCAAUCGGAUUCACUACGAUGUCGAUUAAAACGAACCGUUUCGAUCCUCUAAUUGUAACACUAACCAUAAUCUUUGUAACCGCCACUGUUGCAUAUCCCAUCAAAGGUUCGGAAUCCAGGAAGCUUGAUGAGAGCACUGCACCAGGUGAUCAAGGCGUCAAGUGUACCUCAUCAUGUGUACAAAGUCCUCCACCACCGUCGCCACCGCCACCAUGCCCUCCACCUCCAUCACCACCUGCAUUGCCACCACCUACACCGAAAAAGCAGCCAACCCAAUACUGUCCACCACCACCACCUAGUCCUCCAUCCUUUAUAUACAUAACCAGUCCACCAGGCAACCUGUACCCUAUUGACCAAAACUUCGGGGGUGCAAGCAGGGAUUUGCCACUGGGGUUAUUGUCUUUGGUUUGCGGAUUCUUGAUCCUUCUAGCUUUUUGAAUGGGAUACUAUUAAUUUGAAAUUGGAGGGUCCUAAGAUCUUGUGCAAGAAUUUGGAUAUAGUAAGUAUGAUUUUCUUUUCUUUUCCUUUUUUUUUAAAGAGAAAGUUUUAGGACCUACUAGUUUUUGUACUUGCUGUAUUGCUGUAUCUUGAUAUUGUCCAAUAAUAACAAUUUA